AUGUCCACACCAAUUAACACAAAAGUCACAACAAAAGAUGUCAAUGGAUUAUCAUUAAUAGCAGCUCAUUCCCAUAUAACAGGUUUAGGAUUAGAUGAUAACUUACAACCCAAAGAAAAUGCCCAAGGAAUGGUGGGGCAAUUGCAAGCCAGAAAAGCUGCGGGUAUAGUAUUAAAAAUGGUUCAAUUAGGUAAAAUAGCUGGAAGAGCUGUAUUAAUUGCCGGACCACCAUCAACUGGUAAAACAGCAAUUGCAAUGGGAUUAUCGCAAAGUUUGGGCAGUGAUAUACCUUUCACUGCUAUUGCUGCAUCUGAGAUAUAUAGUUUAGAAUUAUCGAAAACUGAAGCCUUAAUUCAAGCUUUUAGAAAAUCUAUUGGGAUAAGAAUUAAAGAAGAAACUGAGAUUAUAGAAGGAGAAGUUGUUGAAAUUCAAAUUGAUAGAUCAAUCACUGGUGGUCAUAAACAAGGGAAAUUAACUAUUAAGACAACAGAUAUGGAAACAAUAUAUGAAUUAGGAAACAAGAUGAUUGAAGGAUUAACAAAAGAAAAAGUAUUAGCAGGAGAUGUUAUAUCAAUAGAUAAAGCUAGUGGUAAAAUCACAAAAUUAGGUAAAUCAUUCACAAGAGCAAGAGAUUAUGAUGCAAUGGGACCAGAAACUAAAUUUGUACAAUGUCCAGAAGGUGAAUUACAAAAGAGAAAAGAAGUUGUACAUACUGUAUCAUUACAUGAAAUUGAUGUAAUAAAUUCAAGACAACAAGGAUUUUUAGCCUUAUUCUCUGGUGACACGGGAGAGAUAAGAUCAGAGGUUAGAGAUCAAAUAAAUACAAAGGUUGCAGAAUGGAAAGAAGAAGGUAAAGCAGAAAUUAUACCUGGUGUUUUAUUUAUUGAUGAAGUUCAUAUGUUAGAUAUAGAAUGUUUUUCAUUUAUAAAUAGAGCUUUAGAAGAUGAUUUUUCACCAAUUGUUAUAAUGGCCACAAAUAGAGGUAUAAGUAAAACAAGAGGUACUGAUUAUAAAUCUCCACAUGGUAUGCCAAUAGAUUUGUUAGAUAGAUCAAUAAUUAUACAUACAACUCAUUAUACAAGUGAUGAAAUAAGAACAAUAUUAUCAAUAAGAUCGAAUGAAGAAGAAGUUGAAUUAAGUGCUGACGCAUUAGCUUUAUUAACUAAAAUUGGUCAAGAAACAAGUUUAAGAUAUUCAAGUAAUUUAAUAUCAGUUGCUCAACAAAUUGCUUUAAAGAAGAGAUCAAAUCAAGUGGAAUUACAAGAUAUCAAAAGAGCAUAUAUGUUAUUUUUGGAUUCUGAUAGAUCUGUUCAAUAUUUGGAGAAAAAUUCAUCUCAAUAUAUUGAUGAUCAAGGUAACGUAACAAUUGGGAAAACUAAUGAUGAAAAUACUGAUAAAAUUCAAGAAGAAUCCAAGAGAGAAGAACCUGCAAAAGAAGAACCAAAAAAUGAAGAUGCCAUGGAAAUUAGUUAG